CAGUCCCCACCGAUUCCGUAGUACCUACGCGGCCUACUACUCUAGUACACUAACACUACUUAGUACUUACUCUCUGGAAUUCCUUGUCCUAUUAAGUGUUUCGUUUGGUUUAGAAAUCUAUCUGUGGCGAUCAAACAUAACGCAUACAAUGGCGUCCAGACGAUUCGAUCCGAAAGGCAAAGAAUCAUAUUCAGCCGUCAAAUACGUGCAGGUCGAAGGACUGGCGUUGAUGAAAAUUGCUAAACACUGCCAUGAAGAGUGUGCCAGUGACGUGAUCAUCGCUCAAGGAGCACUUUUGGGUCUGGUCGUCGAAGACCGUCUCGAGAUCACCAAUUGUUUCGCCUUCCCGAAAAGUGUCGAUGAAUCUAUCAAUGAUGAAAAAUAUCAACUGGAUAUGAUGAAAAGUCUUCGUCAAGUUAAUGUUGAUCAUUAUCAUGUUGGAUGGUAUCAAAGUUCUGACGUUGGAAAUUUUUUGAGUUUGCCAUUGUUGGAAUCACAAUUUCAUUACCAGACUAGUAUAGAAGAGUCUGUCGUUUUAAUUUUCGAUGCUCCCAAAACCAAUCGUGGGUUUUUGUCUUUAAGUGCUUACCGUCUUACACCUCAGGCUUUAACUAUGUUUAAAGAAAAUGAUUUUCUGCCAGAUACAUUGAAAUCAUUAAAAGUUGGUUAUGAUCAUUUAUUAGUGAAAGUUCCAGUUGUUAUUAAAAAUUCAACAUUGACUAACAUACUUCUCUCAGAACUAAGUUUUAAAAUUAAGGUUGAAGAAGGCUCUGAGCAUUUGGAUAUUGGCACUGCUACUGUUUUGGAAGGGCAAUUGCGUCAUUUAAUGGACCGAGUAGAUGAUCUAAAUCAAGAAGCCAUUAAAUUCAAUCGUUACCAACAAGCAGUUGUUCGUCAAGCUACGGAUAAACACCGUUACUUACAGAAACGAGCUAUAGAAAAUCAAGCACGAGCAGCGAAAGAAGAGCCACCAUUACCUGAAGAAGACAUAACUAAAAUAUUUAGAGCAUUACCAGUACCUCCUAGAUUACCACCCAUGUUAAUGGCUACUCAAGUUGAUUCAUAUGCUGAAGAAAUAGCUAAAUUUUCUACUCAGUCUUUGGCUAAAUUGUAUAUGACCAAAGCUAUGAACACAAACAACUGAUUGAAUAAAAAUACUUUGUAUAAUAUUCUAAAAUUGAGUAAAUACAUAAUUUUAUAUUUAUAAAAAUAUUAAAUAAAAUCAUACUUUCUAUUAUAAGAGUAAAUGAAAUAUAAAAGUAUACAACUGAUUA